CACCCCAAGUCUGUCCUCGAUGCCGUCAGCCUUGGCCAUCUUCACUUGUCGCCCGAACUCACACCCGUUUCAGGAGCGUCAUGUCUACCUGGACGAGCCUAUUAAAAUCGGCCGCUCGGUGGCCCGCUGUCGACCAGCGCAGAAUAAUGCUACCUUUGAUUGCAAAGUGCUGUCAAGGAACCAUGCUCUCGUCUGGUUUGAUCACAAGACGGGCAAGUUUUAUCUCCAAGACACUAAAAGUAGUAAUGGUACCUUUAUAAAUAGUCAGAGAUUGAGUCGAGGCUCUGAAGAAAGUCCACCAUGUGAAAUUCUUUCCGGUGACAUUAUCCAGUUUGGGGUAGAUGUGACGGAGAACACACGGAAAGGUACGGUUACCCAUGGGUGUAUUGUUUCCACAAUAAAACUUUUUCUACCAGAUGGUAUGGAAGCCCGGCUCCGCUCAGAUGUCAUCCAUGCUCCAUUACCAAGUCCUGUUGACAAAGUUGCUGCUAACACUCCAAGUAUGUACUCUCAGGAACUAUUCCAGCUUUCUCAGUAUCUUCAGGAAGCCUUACAUCGGGAACAGAUGUUGGAACAGAAGUUAGCCACGCUUCAGCGGCUACUAGCCAUCACCCAAGAGGCUUCAGAUACCAGUUGGCAGGCUUUAAUAGAUGAAGAUAGACUCUUAUCACGGUUAGAGGUUAUGGGAAACCAAUUACAGGCUUGCUCCAAAAAUCAAACAGAAGAUAGUUUACGGAAGGAACUUAUAGCAUUACAGGAGGAUAAACACAACUAUGAGACGACAGCCAAAGAGUCCCUGAGGCGGGUUCUUCAGGAGAAAAUUGAAGUGGUUAGAAAACUUUCAGAAGUUGAGCGAAGUCUGAGUAAUACUGAAGAUGAAUGUACCCACCUGAAAGAAAUGAAUGAACGGACUCAGGAAGAAUUAAGAGAAUUAGCCAAUAAAUAUAAUGGAGCAGUUAAUGAGAUUAAAGAUUUAUCUGAUAAAUUGAAGGUAGCAGAGGGAAAACAAGAGGAAAUCCAACAGAAGGGACAAGCUGAGAAAAAAGAAUUACAACAUAAAAUAGAUGAAAUGGAAGAAAAAGAACAGGAGCUCCAGGCAAAAAUAGAAGCUUUGCAAGCUGAUAAUGACUUCACCAAUGAAAGGCUAACAGCUUUACAAGUACGGUUAGAACAUCUUCAAGAGAAAACUCUUAAAGAAUGCAGCAGCUUAGGGAUACAAGUUGAUGACUUCUUACCUAAAAUAAAUGGGAGCACAGAAAAAGAGCACUUGCUUUCAAAGAGUGGCGGGGACUGCACUUUUAUUCAUCAAUUCAUAGAAUGCCAGAAGAAGCUGAUCGUCGAGGGGCAUCUAACCAAAGUGGUAGAAGAAACAAAGCUUUCAAAAGAGAACCAGGCAAGAGCAAAGGAAUCUGAUUUAUCAGAUACUCUGAGUCCAAGCAAGGAGAAAAGUAGUGACGACACUACAGACGCCCAAAUGGAUGAGCAAGACCUAAAUGAACCCUUUGCUAAAGUGUCCCUAUUAAAAGAUGACUUGCAGGGUGCACAGUCAGAAACUGAGGCAAAACAAGAAAUUCAGCAUCUUCGGAAGGAAUUGAUUGAAGCCCAGGAACUAGCUAGAGCAAGUAAACAAAAAUGCUUUGAACUUCAAGCUCUUUUGGAAGAAGAAAGAAAAGCCUAUCGAAAUCAAGUUGAGGAAUCCAGUAAACAAAUACAGGUUCUUCAAGCCCAACUGCAGAGGUUACACAUCAAUAUUGAGAAUCUCCGGGAGGAGAAGGACAGUGAAAUCACAAGCACUCGAGAUGAAUUGCUUAGUGCCCGAGAUGAAAUUUUACUCCUUCAUCAAGCAGCAGAAAAGGCUGCCUCUGAGCGGGACACUGACAUUGCUUCUCUACAAGAAGAGCUUAAGAAAGUGCGAGCCGAGCUUGAGCGGUGGCGGAAAGCAGCAUCUGAAUAUGAGAAAGAAAUCAUGAGUUUGCAAAAUACUUUUCAACUUCGAUGUCAGCAAUGUGAGGACCAGCAGAGAGAAGAAGCAACGAGGCUACAAGGUGAACUAGAGAAGUUGAGAAAGGAAUGGAAUGUAUUGGAAGCCGAAUGCCGUUCUCUAAAAAAGGAAAAUGUUUUGCUAUCAUCAGAACUGCAGCGGCAAGAAAAAGAAUUGCACAAUUCUCAGAAGCAGAGUUUAGAGCUUACCAGUGAUCUCAGCAUCCUGCAGAUGACUAGGAAAGAGCUUGAGAAUCAAGUGGGAUCCUUGAAAGAACAGCAUCUUCGGGAUUCAGCUGAUUUAAAAACUCUUCUCAGUAAGGCUGAAAACCAAGCAAAGGAUGUACAGAAAGAGUAUGAAAAGACACAGACUGUACUCUCAGAACUGAAGUUGAAGUUUGAAAUGACUGAGCAGGAAAAACAAUCAAUCACAGAUGAGCUCAAACAAUGUAAAGACAACCUGAAGCUGCUCCGAGAGAAAGGAAAUAAUAAACCCUGGCCCUGGAUGCCCAUGUUGGCUGCCCUGGUUGCGGUGACAGCCAUCGUGCUGUACGUGCCAGGUCUGGCCAGAGCUUCUCCAUGAGAGCGUUUCUUGAGUCCGUACACCGUCCUCCCUCUAGAAGCUGGCACCACACUCAUGCUGGGGACAAACAGAACCAUUUUCUUCCUUUUUACCUCUUAAAACAGCAGAAGUGCAAGAAUACAGCUGUAGGGUCAUUGCUUUAAAUUAUAUAAAAUGUAUCUGUCUAUAAAGAGGAUAUAAAAUUGUGACUUUAUUCUACUGUAAGCAAUAAUUUGCUUGCAAUUUUUCAUGUAAUUUUUAAAUUAGUAUGUUGAAAUUCUGAAUAUUAUGGUGGCCUAAAGUAGGCUUCUUGGUACACCAAAUUAUUUAUAACAUUAAAUUUAUGGGUAUUUUACUCUGAAUUCUAAUGGCCAGAUAAUUCAUUUUUUUGAUUCGAUAACUACCCAAACCAAACAACUGAUACAUACAUGGGAAGAGAGGCCCUGUGUGCUCAGUGCCUAUCAGUUUGAAUAUAUACACAUAUAUAUAUAUUUUUUUUACAUAUUUACGCCAUUUUUACUUGUUAUAAAACCACUGAGCUAUUGGGAACAAGACUUAGAGACAACUAUUUGCGUGGAUUUUUUUUUUUUUUUUUUUUAAGGAGAAAUACAGUUGGAAAAUACUCUGUUCUAGUGAUAAUUUGGGGAAUAUGUGCACGUUUGUUCAGCCUUAAUGUGACUUGACGAUGUGGAGGACAUCAACUUUGAAAAACUUUCCAUGAGAGUGUGUAUUUUCUUGAGCAAACUGAAGUAUUUCUGGGAGCAAAAACAUAGUAAUUAUACAGUUUCAGUGCAGUAAACCAAACUGUUGAGUCAAUUGGAAUGUAAUUUAUUAAACCUCAUGUAUUUAAAGAGAUAUUUUCUUUAAAAGCCAAGUUACUUUCUCAUAUACAGCAUUUUAGGAAGCAUGACUUUUUUUUUCCUAUCAUCUCUUCCUCCAAGCAUGUUUAAUUGAAGAAAGAGAAUUAAUAUCUCUUUAGAUAAGCUUUUACUGACUUAAUUUGGUUAAUGAUAUUUCAAAGCUAAUUCAUGUUCGAGGGUAGCAGUUGUUACCUACCAACAGAUUUCCCGGUUGGGGAGGCAAAUGGUUAUUUUCUUUUUAUUGUUGUUAAUUGGGACGUUCUGUUAAUGAGAAGCACUAUUCCCAAGAUUAAUAGUGUUCCAUGCACAGUAAAGCACCUAAACACUGCUUGAUGUUACAAAUUUAAAACACGGAAGUGAAGGUUUAGCUAUGGUUUUUGUGCAGCACCACAGUUAUGUCAAUGAAGUUUAUUUAGGUCAUAGAAUAUCCUAAAGUAUCACAUAGUUAAAUUUUUCAGUCAAUGAAAACUGGGAGGGAAUGUCAGUGAAUUGGCUUGAAUGUUCUGUGGCAAUCCACAGGCCUAGCCAAAUAUUGAAAUAGAAGUUUAGGAUAUAAUUUGCCUUGUGAUGUUUGGCAGUCAUUGUUUAUACUUUAAAGGUUAUAUUUUAAGCCAUUUGGGGUUUGCUGUUGGGAGGAUCACUAGAUUUAUGGAGGAAAUAGUCACAAAUGACUUGUAGAAAAUACUGUCAUAUAGUUCAUUUCAUCAUUUUCUGUUGCAGGAAGCCACUCCACCACAGAAUGCUAAUAUGCCAGUGGUACCCAGUACCUCCUGUAUAUAGGUUAUUGCAAAUAUUGUUCUGAAAUGCUUAACUUCAGAAUUACAUUUUUUAAAGUAAAUAAUUGUUUUAAAUCUAUUUUGUAAAGAUAUAAAGUACAAUAGAAUUUCUGGAGUACAGAUUAAACUAUUUGCACUAACACACGUGA